AAGAAUCAGCUUUAUGAUUUUAAAUGCAUGAAAGUGAAUAAAGAUGAAUUUAAUUCAGAAAAUGAACACAGGGUUUGACUGAGCAGUCAAAUAACCAUAAAUGUCCAGUCAGAGCACAUUAAUUUCAGUUUUUAUUAAUAAUAAUAAUAAUAAUAAUAAUACAUGCCAAGCAUUUAACAGAAAAUAAAAUUUUCUCCUUUGGUCUGAUUUUGGAAGAAAAUUGUAUUAAAAAUUGCAAAGGGUAAACAUGACAGAAACGGGUAAAAAAAACAAAAACAAACUUGUAUAUAACGGUGUUUUAUUUUGUUUUGUAACUCCCCCUCUGCGCUCGCAUGGGAAUGCCCCUCAUACAUGCAGGUGUGUACAUGUAUGUGUGUGUUUUUGCUCUAAAACAAAUAAAGAUGUCCGCCGCCAACGUCAUGAGGAAGUUCCUGCCAUGGAGCAAACGGCAGUAAACAGUGUGAAGACUGAACCAAACAUGCUUACUUCUAUGAACUAACAUGAAGGAAACCUAAAGGUCUUCUUACACAAUAUGUUGGCUGUAAAUAGUGUGUAUACGUGUGUGUGUGUGUGUGUGUGUGGAGGAGUCAGCACACCAGUGUGUUGAGCUGUGCAGUACACUGCGUUACAUUGGGAAACCUGAGAAAUUUCCAUCUCAUGACGAGUGGGAACCUUAAAAAGCAGAGCUGAGGUUCCCCAUGAGGCCAAAGGACAUCGAUCACUUCCCCCUGAGGUCCAUGCCGACAGCACACCGCUCUGUCAGAACCAGAACGCGUCCAGAACCACCAGCAGACUACUGCCACCAUGGUCUACUUUACGUUGAUGUGCGUCAUGAUCAUUGCCACAGGUGUUCAUGGGAAACGUUGGCUUCCUUCUCUGCCGGUGGAAAACGGCUGUUACCGAGCGUCUCCAGAGGUGGAUAUUUUCCGAGUGGAGGGCGAGGCCGUGAUCCUCCACUUCCCGAUCUUCAUGCGGACCCUUGAACUCCGUGACAUCGCCCCGCCACCUGCCCAAUAUGUCAUCAGCAGGAACAACGGAACGGAGCAAACGGCGUACGAGGACAAGGGCCGGGUCCAGCAGCACGGCGGAGAGCUGUGGCUCCUCCCGGCUCGGCUUUCAGAUUCUGGGAAAUACACCUGCACUUACAGGAAUGAAACGUUCUGUGUCACUGGGAGCAUCACACUGCAUGUGUAUGAGUCCUAUUCUGCAGAUGUAAAGGCUCUCUCCUAUCCGUGGUCGGCCAAGGUUGGUGAGAACGUGGAGUUUCACUGUCCGGCUCUGGGUCGCUUCAACAAGACAGGCAGACCAAUAGAGUGGCACAAGGACUUUAACUCCGCUCCCCUUCAGCCGGGCAGAGCUACCCUGACGAUCCCUGCUGUGAAACUCUCCCACGCUGGAGUCUACACCUGCCGGCUGACGGUGCUCAUCAACAACCUGCAGUACAAAGUCAGCAGAGCCUACCUGCUCCACGUGGAAGGUUCAGACUCUGCGGUCACUACCUCCGUGCCUGUCGUCACCAAGCUGUCAGGUCCGGGUCAGCCCAGCAGCAGCACCCUCAGUACCGUCAGCAUCAUGAAACCGCCAGUGAUUGUCUCGCCAAUCGAUGGAACCAUCUUUGAAAGCUCUCACGGUUCAGGACUGGAGCUGUUCUGUCAGGUGGUCACUGAAUGCCAACUGGCAGACUCCACUGCGGUCACAUGGCUGGUAAACGGCCAAUCAGUGGAGUCAUCGUACCUCGACAGGCGGGCUCUGCAGGGAGGAAGAAGGGUAACCCGGGUCUCUGGAAGGUGUCAGAUUGAAGUGAGGUUCAUCAUCUCGGCUAUAACUGAAGAAGAUGAGAAGACAGAGAUGAAGUGUGUCACUCAGAACACAGGCGGGAAACAGGAAGUUGUCACAAUGCUUCGCCUAGAAGACACUACCUUUACAUGGCUGGUUGUAGGCGUGGUCACAGCGUCCUGCUUCCUGAUGGUGGUCUGCGUCUUCCUUUACGUCCUCUUCAAGCCAAAGAGUAAGAAGAAAAUGGAUUACAUUCUCGCUCGCCAGAGCAGCACCUUCUCAGUUUAGCUUUUCUUUCACACGCUCUCUCCGGCAAAUAAAAACGCUCCUCUAAACAGUGUUUGUGUAAACUAUGUAAAAAUCUGACCUCCAUCACGUUGUACGUGGCACUCACACCAAGUCCUUUUGUUCAUGAAUGUAUCAGCCACUGGAGAGGAAGAAGGAAGAUGUUACGACGAUAAACGUUUCAUCAGCACCACUAAUUGAUUUAAUGAUGAAGUUGUUUGCUGUUGUUUUGCACUUCUGUAGUUUAAACCGGUACCACUCCCUUUUAUAUUAACCUCCAUCAGUUUAAGUUUUUUUUCUUUUGCUAAAUAAAAUAAAGUGACUACCUCAGUUACCAGAUGUUACACAUAAUGUAUUUUUUUCUGCUCAUUUGCUGUAGUAUGCAUUAAGUAUAAUGGAUAUAUUUUUUUUUUUUCAAAAAUGCAGCAAAUGUUCUCAGGGAGAAAUUGAAUAUUAAAGAAAACGUAUAAUCUUUUGAUUAUUUUUUUUAUGUCAUAAACAUUUAAAGGAAAGAAAUGACAACUUUUAAUACAUGUUUUUUUAUUGUUAUUGAAUGUAAUACUCCUGCUGUUGUAUCUUACAUAGAAAACAACCCAAUAAAUUAAAUGACUCCUAUGAA